GCAAAUGUGUCAGCUGUGGUUUUUGCUUCAGAGACAUCAACACUUUGGAUACAAAUCUCAACAAUGGUGAGAGUAAAUGAGAUUAACUGGUGAUCUCCAGGACUGAUCUGUUGCAAAUGGCGGUGUUAAAGCAUUAUCUUUGUGCGGCACUGAUCCUAAUACAGUUUGUGCCGGAUCUAUUGGCUGCUUCGGACAGCAGCUGUCCAGCCUUAGCUGGGGUGCCUGGUACACCUGGACACAACGGCAGCCCUGGUAGGGAUGGUAGAGACGGAAGAGAUGGUUUUCCUGGGCUAAAAGGGGAGAAAGGAGAUCCAGGAAUUGGUGCACAGGGACCUCCAGGCAAAAUGGGACCCGCAGGUUUAAUAGGCCCUAAAGGAGAAAAGGGAAAUUCAGGUCUCCCAGGUGGUGAUGUUCAACACACAUUAACUGCAGAUGUCAAAUACCUUACAGAGAGACUCACUGUGGUAGAAAAAGUCCUAGGAUUUCAGACCUUCAAGAAAGUUGGAAAGAAAUAUUUUGUGUCUGAUGGGCUGGUGGCAAAUUUUGAAAACGCACAAAUCUUCUGCUCUGACGCUGGGGCUAAAAUUGCUCUGCCGAGAAAUGAAGAUGAAAAUAAAGUGCUUGUGUCAAUGAACAACAUACCUAAAUCUAUGUUCAUUGGUGCAACAGAUAAAGAGAAAGAAGGACUUUUUGUAGACAUGGAUAACCAACCUCUAACUUUUACAAAAUGGAGAACAAAUGAGCCAAAUGAUUAUAAAGAUCAAGAGGACUGUACAGUUGCUGAAAUAACUGGUGGAUGGAAUGAUGUACCCUGUUCUGCUAAGGUAAAUGUGGUGUGUGAACUUUGAAUACGUUACCAGACAGAUUUUGAAAUUGCGAUUAAUCUCAUUUCCUCUUAAUCAUUUAUUAAUCAGUAACAAUAAAGACGAUGAUACUC